UUGCACUACUUGCAGAGAUGGCAGCAGUGAAGGCCAUGCUUCUUCCCUGACUCUCUCACGUGAGCUCUUUGUGUUGCACGCACUAACCCUAAUCUGGCGGUUCGAAUCUGUUCUAACCUCGCAUUGCUCCUGGCAGUCUUUUGUCAGUGCGCAAGGAACGGAAGAUGGAAUUCCAUGUCGUCGCUUCCCCCUCAAUGUGAUGCCUUUCACUUCUGCUACUUAUGUUCGACAUCGAAGGCCUUCCUUAACGCUGCUCAAUGGUUUUCAGGGAUGCGACUUUUACUUCAAUGGAAGCCUCAGCACUAUUCCCAGCUUCAACAUCGGAGCUGUUUCAGGGAACAUGAUUUUGUCGCAUGCUAAAAUAUUUCACAGAAACGGCGAGAGGCUCGUCACACAGCAUCUUCGGACCACUGCGAGUUUUUCAACGACACGGUACGUGUUACUCAUCCUCGUAUCGUAUCUCGCUUUUGUUACUUCGAAGAUUCUAACACUAAUUGCAUCAGAAUCUUGCGGGACGACGUUUUUCUUUAUGAGCGAGAUUGACGACUGGAAUAAAGCUGAUGUCGUCGGAGCUCAUCCAAUCCAGCCAGAGAUUUUUGAGGUGCGCAUACUAUAGUAGAGAUGCAAAAGAUGGAAACACGAUUCGACAGUGACUACAUCAUUGUCGUACAGGAUUUCAUGGGGAGAUGCGUGAUACUUCGUGUCAGCAACUUCUAUCUGAGCAUGAGUGGCUGGAUAAACAAUGGCGACAGCCGAAAGGGGUUUCCACAGGUCAGCCUGAGUGAUGUUGAUGACGCACCUAGUUCACUGUACAUCAGGCUUCUCAUUCUUCAAUCUUGCAGAGCCGAAGAUGCCUCAUUUUCAAGACGACCAACACCACAGUGUCGACGGAGGUCUGACUAACGUGAACGAAGUCCUGCAAUGUGAAGGGAUAUUUCAGCUCGGAGUAGGGGUCGGGGGAGUCCAGAAAUGCAUCUACCUGUCGGAAAUAAAGUGUACCUUCACGAGCAUUCUACAUUCUCUUUGAAAGCAGGCUGAACUGUUAAAACCACAGGCUAGGAAUAGCAAAGGGGGGGGUGCACUUGAAAAUUGGGUUCUUUUUGCAGUCAGAGAAAAGGGACCUACUUCCACUGGAAUAUAUUCCCAGACUUGAA